AUGGCGGGACACAACGUGGCGGCUCUGGUGUUCGGGGUUCUGCUGAUCCUGUUCAUCAUCUUUGGAAACCUGCUCGUGUGUCUGAGCGUGUUCACGGAGCGCGCGCUGAAGACCACCACCAACUACUUCAUAGUCAGUCUCGCGGUGGCGGAUCUCAUGCUGGCGGUGCUCGUGCUGCCGCUCUUCGUUUACACAGAGUUCCAGGACGGCGUUUGGACCCUCAGCACGACCAUCUGUGACGGGCUGAUGACGAUGGACGUGUUGCUUUGCACCGCAUCCAUCUUCAACCUGUGUGCCAUCAGCGUGGACAGGUUCAUCGCCGUGUUGAUCCCUCUCAACUACAACAGGAAGCACGUGGACACGCGGCAGACGGUCCUGCUGUGGGCGACGUGGAUCUUGGCUCUGGCCGUCGCCUCGCCCGUCAUGUUCGGCAUCAACAACGUGCCGGGUCGCGACCCCACCGAGUGCAAACUGGAGAACGACGACUACGUGCUGUACUCGUCCGUGUGCUCCUUCUUCAUCCCGUGUCCCAUCAUGCUGCUGCUCUACUGCGGUAUGUUCCGCGGCCUGCGGCGUUGGGAGGAGUCACGUAAAGCCAAGCUGAGGAGCAGCAUCCAGGCCUGCAGGAAGCUGCAGGAAGCCGCCGCCUCGCUGCCGCCGCUGGCCUCGCUGCCGCCGCCACUCCCGCCAAUCAUAGAGCGAGACAUGAUCGACGCUCCGGAUGAGACGCCCGCCUUCGCGCCUUCGCACCGACCCUUCUCCCCGUCGGGGGGGAAAGACGGCCUAGUGAGGACGGUGAGCUUCACAGAGAUCAGGUUCCAUCCCGACCCUCGCAGGAGGAAGAGAGCCAAGAUCAACAGCCGGGAGAGGAAGGCCAUGAAGGUGCUUCCUGUCGUUGUGGGUACCUUCCUGUUCUGCUGGACUCCUUUCUUCGUCCUCCACACGAUGCGAGCUCGCUGUCAGGACUGCUACGUUCCCCCGGUGCUGAUGAGCGUGGUGACGUGGCUCGGCUACGUCAACAGCGCUCUCAACCCCGUCAUCUACACCAUCUUCAACACCGAGUUCAGGAACUUCUUCAAGAAGUUUCUACAUCGCUGCUGCUCCUAA